AUGUUCACGGCAUCAGGGGCAGCAGCAGGGAGGCCUUACACAUGCAUUGAGUGCGGCAAGAGCUUCUGUUACAGCUCUGUGUUGAUGAGGCAUGAGCGCGCCCAUGGCGGUGACAGUAGCUUUCGCUGCCUCGAGUGCGGUGAGCGCUGUGCGCGGGCUGCAGACCUGCGUGCUCACAGGCGCGCUCACGCCGGGGAGACGCUGUAUAUCUGCAGCGAGUGCGGCCAAAGCUUCCGCCAAAGCGGUGGUCUGGACCUGCACCAAGGAACGCACCGGCGGCGUAACCGCACCUGCCCCUGCCGUGCCUGUGGCCGCCGCUUUCCACACCUCGCAGCACUUCUCUUGCACCGGCGCCGCUGGCAUCCUCCUGAACGCCCUCGCCGCUGUCCUCUGUGCACCCGCACUUUCCGCCAGAGUGCCUUGCGCUUCCACGAGGCGCGGGCACACCCACUGGGGUCAAGUGCCACGCCUGCUGAGCGCCCGCACCACUGUGCACAGUGUCCGCGGGCCUUCCGUAGUGGUGCAGGACUGCGGAGCCACACGCGCAUCCACACAGCCCGGAAUCUCAGCAACCCCGCUAGCCAACAGCUGCAUGCUCAGGACGGUCACCUCUGUGGUGUGUGUGGCAAGAGCUUCAGCAAGAGUUCUACGCUUACGCGACACCUGCAAACACACUCUGGCGAGAAGCCCUUCAAGUGCCCGGAGUGCGGCAAGGGCUUCUUGGAGAGUGCCACACUGGUGCGCCACCAACGCACGCACACCGGCGAGAAGCCAUACUCGUGCACCGACUGCGGGCGCUGUUUUAGUGAGAGUUCCACGCUGCUGCGCCACAGGCGCAGCCACCAGGGUGAGCGGCCUCACGCGUGCGUCACAUGCGGCAAGGGCUUCGGGCAGCGCUCUGACUUGGUGGUGCAUCAGCGCAUACACACGGGUGAGAGGCCCUUCCCAUGUCCUGACUGUGGCCGCCGCUUCAGUGACCGUUCAGAUCUCACCAAGCACCGGCGUACGCACACCGGCGAGAAGCCCUACCACUGUGAGCAGUGUGGCAAGCGCUUCACGUGUGUGUCCAACCUUAACGUGCACCGGCGCAACCAUACCGGCCACAAGCCGCACAAGUGCCCCGAGUGCGGCAAGGCCUUCAGUGUUGGCUCUAAGCUGUCGCUACAUCGCAAGACACACCUGGGUGAGCGACCAGCAGUGUGUGCUGAGUGCGGCAAGUGCUUCAGCCACAGCCGCUCACUGUCACAGCACCAGCGGGCACACACGCGCGCUCGUAAUGCUGCUGCCAAGGCCGCCUUGAACUUAAGCUCUGCGGGCUCUGCCAUCGUUUUUACAGGGGAGACUGGACAGUAA